GCCAUUUUAUGUACUCUGAAACCAAGAAGCUCACAGAAAUGAUGGAGCAGACAGAAGAAAAGCGACACCAUGAGAAGAAAAGAGAAAAAGGAGGGCUCAUCACAAUGCCCUUCAUCUUCGCAAAUGAGCUGUGUGAGAAACUAGCAGUGGUGGGCUUCAAUGCGAAUAUGAUAAGCUACUUGACAGGGCAGCUUCAUUUGCCACUAACCAAAGCUGCAAAUACUCUCACAAACUUCAGUGGCACUUCAAGCUUGACCCCCCUUCUUGGUGCCUUCCUCGCUGAUUCUUUUGCCGGAAAGUUCUGGACCAUCUCUGUCUCUUCCAUCAUCUACCAAUUGGGAAUGAUAAGCUUGACAAUAUCAGCCAUACUUCCUCAGCUAAGGCCACCGCCAUGCAGAGGCGAAGAGCCGUGCCAAGAAGCUGAUGCGGGACAGCUGGCAAUCCUCUACGUGUCCCUCCUUCUGACCGCCAUUGGGUCCGGCGGGAUCCGACCCUGCGUGGUAUCAUUCGGGGCGGAGCAGUUCGACGAGUCGGACCCGAAACAGUCCACCAAGACAUGGACCUACUUCAACUGGUACUACUUCGUAAUGGGGGCGGCGAUUCUGGUGGCAGUCACACUGCUUGUUUACAUCCAAGACAAUAUCGGGUGGGGCUUGGGUCUGGGGAUCCCCACUGUUGCAAUGUUGAUCUCAAUCAUUGCUUUCAUGGUCGGGUACCCACUUUACCGGAACCUGGAACCGGCCGGGAGCCCGUUUACCCGACUGAUGCAGGUGGCUGUGGCUGCCUUUAGAAAGAGAAAGGUGAAUGUGGGUGAUCCCAAAUUGCUGUAUGAGAAUGAUGAACUUGAUGCGCCAAUAUCUUUGGGAGGGAAGCUCACACAUACCGAGCAGAUGAAGUUUUUGGACAAGGCGGCAAUUGUAAGAGAAGGAGACACCGUGAAAAGCCCAAACCCAUGGAGGCUAAACACAGUUCACAGAGUGGAAGAAUUGAAGUCUCUGAUAAGAAUGGGCCCCAUAUGGGCUUCAGGGAUCCUCCUCAUUACGGCCUACGCCCAACAAGGCACCUUCUCUCUCCAACAGGCCAAGACCAUGGACAGACACCUCAGUGGCUCCUUCCAAAUCCCCGCCGGCUCCAUGUCCGUCUUCACCAUCAUCGCCAUGCUCUCCACCACCGCCUUCUACGACCGCAUCUUCAUCCCCAUCGCUCGCCGCUUCACCGGCCUCGACCGCGGCAUCUCCUUCCUCCACCGUAUGGGCAUUGGCUUCGUCAUAUCCACCCUUGCUACCCUCGUCGCCGGCUUCGUCGAGAUCAAGCGCAAGAAUGCCGCUUUCGCCCAUGGCCUCGCCGAUCAUUCUCUGGCCACCAUCCCCAUAUCGGUGUUCUGGUUGCUUCCUCAGUACAGCCUUCAUGGUGUGGCGGAGGCGUUCAUGUCGAUAGGGCAUAUGGAGUUCUUCUAUGACCAGUCGCCGGAGAGCAUGAGGAGCACCGCCAUGGCUCUCUUCUGGGCUGUCAUAUCCGUCGGAAACUACUUCAGCACGCUGCUUGUUACGUUGAUUCACAAGUUCACUCGACGGCCCGAUGGCUCCAACUGGCUUCCCGAUAACAACCUAAACAAAGGGAAAUUGGAGUAUUUUUACUGGCUUAUUACUCUACUCCAGUUGAUCAACCUUGUCUUCUACUUGUGGUGCGCUAAACGCUAUACAUAUAAACCUAUCCAAGUUCACAAUAAGAGUGAUUCUAGCAGUUCGGAAUUUGAGAAGCAAGAAUCAGAAGAGGUUGAGCUUGCAAGAAAAGUGUAGCUAGAUUCCUGGGUCUGUAAUUUCGUGCUGUGCUCUCUUUGUAAUAGACGUCGGACAGCAUGCAUGUUUAGUUAGCUAAAAUAUAAGUAUAAUAUAAAAUCGCAGUCAUAUUAUUAGCAUAUUGUAUGUUUCUAUGUAUUCCCAUCAUUAAUAAGACAAAGAUAGAUGGCCUUGUUUUCAGUGACCA